CCUCACUUCCGCCAUAUCCCCCGAAUCCCCGAAGUUAUCCCGUUAUAUCUAAAAGAUUUCAUCGUGCUUAGUUCUCAAAUGGAAUGUCCUGGUUGCCGCACGGUCCGGACACCCGGCAAUUAUAGAGAACAGGCGUUGGCUACUACAAAUGCUCUUGUGAACAAUUUCCAAAUACUUGCAAUUCUCCUAGAUUCCGCUAGCAGUGUAGGACAAACAGAAAUUCUUACUGCGAGCAUUAAGGAUUCCCUAACCUCUUUUUCCUCAUGUCUACCAAAGGUUGGGGGUGCUCAGCAGUUACCUCAGGAACUGGUGCAAAAGACAAUCGGAGUAUUGGAUGAAUUUCAUAUGCUCAGCUCCGGACCCCCAAGAAGCCUAACCAUCUCACACAAGAGAGCAGCUGCUAUCAAUGGGGAGAAUUGUGAGCAGUCUUGCCAUCCGCUGGAAGAAGCAUGGAGCUCCUCGAAAAAGAGAAUCUCGACGGAAUUCUAUCUUCUAGCGAGUAUGCAGUUAUUGAAACGAUUGAAAGAACUCGAGUCUGAAAAUAACAGGCACAGUCAGAGAGACAAAAUCCCCUUAAUUGCACAAUUCAAGAACCUAGUUUCCUGUGCAGAUCCUUCCGGUGGCCUGGCGGAAACGAUUAGACAGUUACUCUCUAACCCCAAAUAUAGGGGCACCCCAAGUGGAGAACAGGAGUUGAGCCCCGCAGUCAACCAUACAAGUUCCAUAUGGCUAGACACACCAGAAGCUCCGAUACCUCCCAAGACGCCACAUAUAUCCCCAAGGCAAGGGAUCCAACAACGGGGCCUUGGUCCAUUGCUUCCUCCAAGCCUAAUCCCUUCUGAGAAUCUCCAAGCAUGUUGGAAACCAGAGGAAGUUGAAGCUCCCAGCGCUUCUGGCACAUCUGACCUUCCGACUAUGACUGGAGAUGAACAAAACGCCUCGGGAGAAACUACUAAAGCAACCCCAAAGGAUGCAGAACCUAGCCAACCGUAUUCCGGCUUAAUUUUCAAGGAUUUGGCAGCCAUUAACCUAACAUCUUUUGCCGACCUCUACAAGCCAAUAUUAGACUAUUUGCCAAUCAGAGAUACCCCAAAGGAAGACUCUCCUGUUUUUACCGUUUAUUCAGCGGCUAUGCCAUUUGCGCUCACAAUUUUCUGGCGCAACCUUAGCCUUACCGAAGCCUCCGAGGUUUUCCAGUGGACGAAUAUAUACCGGUAUACCGCCUUGGAUUUCGUUAAUUCCUUCAAGAAGAAUCUUGUCUCCUGCAAUGAUUCCGCUAUGCCCCAAGGUAACUCCUGGAUACCCCUUUUCUACCCUCGGGUUAAAUUUAUUCGAGAUAUGCAUGCAAAUUUCAAGCGAUUGUAUGGCGAAUCCGCAUGGAGGGGAACAGAAAUCAUGAGACUCCUAAAUACUUGCGGGACAUGCCGCAGUCUAACCACUGACUCCUUAUCAAAGCCCAACCCUAUGCUUGAUGACAGUGGGAGGCCGUUAUUACAUUUCUCAAUCAGAUUUGAUGGCAUAAACGUUGCCUUUCAAGACUUCCCCCGCCAGAUUGUCGUCCCUGUCAGCCAAACCUACACAUCCCCGAGCGAAACAUUAAUCAUUACCCCCAGGCUUUAUGACCCCCAUCAGUCCUUUGGCGAUCUCUCCACAAAAACUAUCUUUGAAAUAUCCUCCCAAUUCAGUUGGUUGAGAUGGGAUCAAGUCCUUCAAGGCUUUCUAGGAACUGUCCCAGAAUCGCUGUUCACAGAGGCCCACACCAAAGCAACCUCCCAAGUCCAAGGCCCCUUCACCAUCGACCUACCUAUCAUUGCGAGAACUGUAACAGCCUUCUACGGGGGUGUUCAGCAUGAAACAAGGGUACGGGCACAAGUCAAGCUCCGGAUUUCUAAGAACCUGUCAGUACAGAACACACACACCCGGGAAAGAAAAACAGCCCAAACUCCGCCGACCACAGGACUCAUUUCUGAGUCAACCGGCCCUAAUACUACCCCUAACUACAUCGAAGACGCCAAAAAGCCCCCCGCCGAACCAGAACACGAGCGAUGCGUUGAAUGCGGAGAUUGCUACUGCUCUCCAGUAGUAUCCGAAGCUCGGGCAGCGGAAGAUCAACAAGGUCCGGGGGGUAAUGGUAUUUUGGUCCUCUUAUGGGGGCAGGAGUUUAAGGAAUGGUUGAACAUUGUUUUUCUUGCAGGCCAACAGGCAAGUGCGAAAAAUCAUAGAGCCCCAAAUCCUGACAGCGGCCUUUUAAGCUUCAAGAAUAUCGAACUUAAUGCGGGCGGGAGCUCGGGCUACCCCUUGAUGGAUAGAAUAGAGAACCAAAUCUUUCGGAUCGGAGCGGAGUUAGAGGUAUCGGCAAACUAUGGCACACAUUCGCGACUGCACCGCGACUUUUGCAAUAGCCUGAAGGUGUCCACCGAGGCGGUGGGGUUAUUUUCCGAAAACGAUACAGAAUACAUACCGAGUUUCUCUGCUCUUGGUCCAAUUGACACGAAUGGAAAAAUCCUAAAUCAUGCUACAGGACGCCAAUCGGAAAAUAAUUUGUCUAGAUCCAGCACGUCUUGGGUCAAAGGGAUCUUACAAAAGGUACUGAAGCAGCUUGCGUGCUUCAGAUACGACUUUAAUGAAACUAUCAAGAUAAAUAUUCAUGUCGGGAUGGAAGCAGUCUCAGGCUACGAACUCAGGGAAAUCAAGACGAUAUCUAAGGCCAUUGUUUUAUUUGGAGGGCUGCUCAAUGGCAUAGGGCUCGGCCCCAAUCCGGGUCACUACAAAUGCUGCCCCGAUCCCACCGAGAGGGUCCCCUCCAAUGCGAAGCAUAUUCAAGCCAUAGAUAGGGCAUCUUCAAUCGAAGACGUUGCGCAGCUCAUGAACUCCCUAGAGGCAUCGGGCUAUACUUACCACGGCGAACCAGGUCUAGAGAACCAACGUUAUGACUUCAGUUGUCUUGAAGGUCAGGGCGUGAUUAUCUGGAGUCAGGUUUUCCCCAAAUUUGAUGAGAAGGACGUUAUCGAUUGGAUAUCAAUGAUAUUGCUCUUCAAUAGGACCGCGAUCUUUGCGGAUUCUUCUCUAUUUGCUGAUUUGGCAGAAAAGCCCAUCACUCUGGCUAGUUUGAACAGAUUUAUUGCCAGAGGUUGAUUAAGGGGGGUGUUCUUUUAUACAAGGGUUCGCAUUCAGUUGUAUCCUCCUUUAAAUAUUUGGGGUUGGAGGCGCGAAAAUGGUAGAUGAUGUUUCCCUUCGUGUUUCUUCUCUCCUAUGAUUUGCAGAUUCGUGGGUGUCCAAUCAUAGGAGGCACUUGACACUGUCACC